CAUUGCGGGUUCGAAUAAGUUCCGCCAUUUUAAACAGGAACCAAAGUGGUAAACGUGAGUUAAUUUCAAGGCAGAAUCUAAACACCUUUCUGACUAAUUCACUACGUUUUAAGGAUUUUAAUCACUCGAUCAACUUAACGGAAGACAUGUCAAAUUUACAAAAGCUAGCAUUCGCUAUUAUUGAGCACCUUUCGUCGGAGUUGAAGUCUGGUGCCAUAACAGGCGACUCAGCGGAGAGUUUAGAAGUUUCAAUCCAGUGUUUAGAAGCAGUCUAUGGUAUAAACAGAAAUGAUCCAUCACAAACAGCAGCAUUGAAGAGUGACAAACCUCUAGCGGAAAUAUUCAAAAAUGCGACUCAGACCAAGGGUGGAACAACAGCUGCUCAGCCUACAAGAGAAGACAGAGAAAAAGCAGAACAACUGAAAACAGAAGGAAAUCAGUUGAUGAAAGAAGAAAAGUACCAAGAAGCUAUCCGCUGUUACACCAAAGCUAUUGAAUUGGAUAGUUCUAAUGCUGUGUUUCCAUGUAACAGAGCUGCAGCUUAUGGCAAGAUCGGUGAACACCAAAAAGCAAUAGAAGACUGUCAGAAAGCUCUAAGUUUGGACCCAAACUAUGGAAAGGCAUAUGGACGAAUGGGGUUAUCAUACCACAAUCAGAACAAUUUCCAAAAAGCAAAGGAAAGUUAUUCUAAGGCGUUAGAGUUAGAACCUGGCAGUACAUUUUACCAAACCAGUUUAGCACAGGUGGAGGAAAAACUAAACGAAUCCCAAAGAGGAACUGGUAAUGCAAGGCCUGCCGCUGGAGGUUUACCUGGUUUAGGAGGACUUGAUUUGGGUUCCCUGUUAACAAAUCCUGCAAUUAUGGAUAUGGCCCAAACUUUUAUGAGCAAUCCAGGAGUUCAGCAAAUGAUGACAAAUAUGAUGCAGGGUGGUGCAGGCAGUGCUGGUGGCGCAGCAGGAAUUUUUCAGGCUGCCCAACAGUUUGGAGAACGGAUGCAAGAAUCUGACCCAGAGUUGUUUGAGCAGUUAAGGGGACAGGCUCAGGCUGCCGUCAAUGAACACAGAGGACCGAAUCCACCAAGAGAUGGGCAAGAUCCAAAUCCAGAUGAAGAAGACUCUAGCACACAAUGAGUGAUUACUGGAUAUGCAAAUUGCAAGGGAAAAGCUUAAAGAUAAAUUUCAUGACAUCCAUGGAUGAAUAAACAUAGGACCUAUGGCCUCUAGAGAAAGAAAAAGUGUCUAGAUCAAUGCAAUUAAUCAAGUACUUCUUUUUACGACCUAAGGCACGUUGUUUAGGUUUUCUGUUUUGUUUUGUUUUGUUUUGUUUUCAUUGGGAACAUCUAUAAAUAUUUAAAAAUAAUAUUCUGAUGUUGUGCAGGAAUUAAUUUCAGUUAUAAAAAUUUUAUUAAUUUUCACUAAUGAUCACAAAUGGUAUCAUGAUAACACUGAGUUGUUACCUAAAACUUUCCAAAGUGAAUAUUCUAAGCCACAGUAAAGGUAGGGUGUGAAUUUUACAGAAGUAAGGAGCCUGGGUGGCUUUGUCAUUGUAGACUAGGUUUCCCUGAGAAAGUGUGACUUUUUGGAUAGUCUGCUCACUCCAAUGAGUCUUGCUUUUUUGCUGGGUUCUUUUAAUUUUACUUUCUGAUUAAAAUGUAAACUUUUUUCCUAACUUUAAAGUUAGUUAAAUUAAAGAUAUACAUUAGAAGUCUAUUAUUUUAAUUGUAUUGCAUUCUUUGUGUGUAAUUUUUUAUUUAGAAAAUAUUUUAGGCAACACCUUGUAAUGCCUAUGGUGACAUGUCAAAUGUUUGGAUGAUUCUUCUACCUUUGAGAUUAUGUGACAGGUCUGUUGACUGUCAUGUCACACAACCCCAAAGAUUGUGUGACACAUCCUUUUGAUUGUUGUACAAUUCUGUGAUAGGUCACAAAUCCAUUCUUUGUUAUGCUUGUGCUAAGGAAUGACUUGAUUUCUCAUACGAUUCAUUAAUCAGAGUAUCGAACAUCGCAUGGCUGGUCAAUUAAAAGAACAUUAAUUUACAUAUAGAUGUAAAAUUUCCAA